UUUAGGCUGUUUUAUCAAAGCAGCUUACAAGGCAGACUUGUUCUCCAGCAAGCUCAUCUGACUGCUUCCAUGGCCAAGCAGAAGCCUUUUUUGCUCUUAGCACUGCUAUCAAUUAUUCUCCUGCAGCUGUCACUGCCUGGUGAUCAAGUGCCCGGUGUCCUGGGGAUGAGCUCUGAAGUUCCACCAUAUCGAGGAGUCAGACUUAGGGCAGAUGAUGUGGACAUCCACAGUCACAGUGCCUCUCACGAGGGCAGUUACCUAGCCAAGCCAGAGACCCCACUGGGAAGGGUUCUACAGCCUUAUGCGUGGCAUCUACCACCAUCCCCAUCGAUGACCCAAAGGAGACUACUGCAGGCCGCUGGCUCCACCCCCUAUUCCCCUCUUAAUGUGGUUCAGAACGGAAAGAUCUGCAUUCUGUUCCGGGCUAAGAAGUUGGCCAUCAGGUACAAGAACCACACCAUUGUGGAUCUCACAGAGAGGGCGUUUGGUUCCAGCGCCCGAGUGGACACCAAGGGCUCUACGUGCAGCAAGGAUAAGGCCACGCUAUCGCUCCGAUUUGGGGAUGUCGAGGAUCUCAGGGGACUUAUCAUAAGGCUCCAGAUGUCCAACACAUUUUAUGAGUCAGCGGGCCAGAACUGGUUUACGCUGGACAGCGUUCACAUCCACUACAACUGGACCAGUGAGGCCACCUUCAACGCCACAGAGGUGUACGCCCCUGCCACCUACUCGUACCACUGCCAGCACGUCAGCAGCCUGCAGAAAUACGACACCCUGCUGGUGCCCAGCUCGCACAGCGACAGCGCGGCCAACUGGCACAUUACCUUCACUGAUUUCCAGAUACAGGCUUUCAAUGUGCAGUCGGGCAGAUUUGCCUCGGCCAGUGACUGUGCCACCUUCUUCACGCCAGCCAUCCUGAUGGGCCUGGUGACAUCACUCAUCCUGCUGCUAGUGCUGGCUUAUGCCCUGCACAUGGUGGUGCAUCUCAAGCACAUUGACCGCUGUGAGGAGCACAAGGCCACCGUCUACUUUCCCCGCAGCUCUGAGGCUGACUGUACGGACAAGAACAGCCUGUGAGAGGCUACGGCCACCGCCCCUCUGCCACGGGGUCGUCGGACAAUCUUGGGGACCAAAGAGACUUGAUCCGCUGGGCUGAUGAGCACCCCCAACCCCUACCCAUCCCCAGGAGAAUCUUCAGGCUCUUCCCGUGCUGGAUGCAUACGGCAUCGAGAAAAAAGGUGCAAGAAAAACGAAGGAAUCGAGCUCCGCGGACAGC